AAAGUUUACUGCUUGUAAGAAGAAGAACAGAUCUAUCUUUACCGCAUCUACCCUAAUUCCAGAGCAGUGAUAAGAAUGGCUGGAAAUGGAAGAAUAGCUGAAAAUGGAAGAAUGAGAUGACACAAUCUGAAAGGCUCUAGCUAGCUAGCUAGCUAGCUAGAGCUAUAGGACCAGUGAAAUCUGGAGAAAGAUGAAUGAUGAUCGAAUCGAAUCUUCAAUCUGGAAGCUUCAUAAUUAAAAGCAUGACUCAAAAUGGAAGAUUUACUCAAACUUCAAAACUUGAGCAGGUUGACCAGAAGGGACUGCUCUAAAAAGCCCAUUCCCCGCAACUUCAUUCCGGAUGAGUGUUGGUCGCACGUGGCAUUUUGCUGUUCACUACCUGUGCGAGCUUCACUACGUCUGCUGAGUCAUCGCGAAACUGCUCCCCCAAAACGAAGGAAGAAGGGCAAUCGAAGCUGGUUUUAGCACCCAGCUGAUUCACUGCCUGGAAGACACAUGAUUGCUGAGUCUAAGCGAGUCCACAUCAGGCAACAGAGUCAGUCUCUCGAAGCAGCCACACCAGUACGCUGGAGCCGCAAUACCGUUACCUGCAGCAAAAGUGUCUACAAAAGAGCAAUGCCAACAACGAAAGGAAGUAGACAGCUGCAUCCACUAUUUUAGACAGGUUGUUGGAGUUCCGAAACUUUCGAAAUGUGUGAGCAGAUUGGUAGAGACAAGGAAGGGAAUGGGAGCAAUGUUACUGCCCAUGAUGAGGACUACGAGUCCGCUACAGCUGAGCCCGCAAAGCCACCUCGCCCCAAAGAUCCACUGGCAGAGGCGUCUCCUAUUUCCCAGUUUCUUUUCAUGUGGCCGUACCCCCUGCUGAAGCUGGGAAUGAAAAGAGCACUGGAAGAGAGCGACCUUCCAGAGAUAUCCGAGGCAGACACAUCGGCUGCCAAUCGCAUAUAUUUUGAGAAGCUAUGGGAAGAAGAAAAGCGACAGAACCCCAACAAUCCCAGGUUAGACCGAGCCAUUCUCAAAGACUUUGUCAAGAGCAUGUGGUAUGUUCAACCAAUGUACAUGUUGGCAGCAGUCGCCAAGGUUUCACAAGCUGUGGCACUGGGUCUAUUGAUCGAGGCCUUUGAAGAUGACAAUGGCCAAGGUUAUCUGUGGGCAACCGUGAUUGUUAUGGGGUCCCUGGCGCUGCUAGCAGAGCACCAUCACUCGUUCUUCUUCACAUGGAGAAAAGGAAUGAGGUUGCGGAUAGCUGCCAUCGCCUCCAUAUACUACAAAUCGCAACGACUUUCAUCCACGCAUCAGGACACAUCAGCGAACUAUGGCCAAAUCAUGAACCUGGCCAGUAAUGAUGUUGAGCGCUUCAUGCUAGCAGCUCUGUUUUGCAGUCACCUGAUAUGGGCACCACUGCAGUGCAUUGCCAUUUUGUGUGUUGGUUGGGUUCUGCUGGGUCCUGCAUUUGCAGCUGGCGUUGCUCUUUUGGUUGUGGGAUUUAUUCCAUUGCAAAUGUACCUGAGUAGGAGAUUCGUACACUUCCGAGGGAGAAUCGCCGCCAUCACGGAUACAAGGGUGAAUUUUGUCUCUCAGGCCGUCUACGGUGCCAGGGUGAUGAAGAUGUCUGGUUUUGAAUGGCGUUUUCUGGAUAGAAUCCAAGACUACCGAGCCAAAGAGGUCGACCAAAUUGUGCGAGCAAAUAGGUUGAAGGCGUGGAACGAAGCGCUGUUCUUUUGCGCAAACGUCGUCAUUUCCGUGGUCAUCUUCCUAGUCCAUGUGGCUAGCGGAGAGACGUUAACGCCAAGAGAUGUCUUCACUACCUUUACUCUGGUAAACAUCAUCCAAAUUGAAAUGACCAAGCAUCUUUCCCUUGGAGUAAUGGGAGUCAGUGAAGCAUUUGUUUCACUCAAACGAAUCCAGAACUUUCUCGAAUUUCCCGAGCUUCCGUACGCUACCUCUCAAACAAUCGAACGAGCUAGUUCAAAUUCGAAGCAGCAUGGGGACUGUUGCCUGUCAUUGAAAAGCGUCAACUGUAAUUGGAAUGACGUCGAAACGGUGCAAGCCAAAAGCGAUCAGUCAACAGUGGGUAGCACCGAGGAUAUGCCAGCCCUCACGGAUGUUUCGUUGGACUUCAACAGAGGUCAGCUCACUUGCCUUGUGGGUGCGGUAGGAAGUGGCAAGAGUGCCAUGCUUCAAGCACUCGUUGGUGAGCUCCCGGUGAAAUCUGGGGUAAUCGGGCGAAACUAUAGCUCACUGGCUUAUGCUGCGCAAGAUCCUUGGAUCAUGGAUGGCACCGUGAAAGAGAACAUUAUGAUGGGCAAGGACUUCGACGCUGAAUGGUACGACAGAGUCGUGAACUCGUGUAGUCUCAACGUCGAUUUCAAGCAGCUUCGCGACGGAGAUGAAACUGUUGUUGGCGACCGGGGAGUGCAGAUCAGCGGGGGGCAGCGAGCCAGAAUUGGGUUAGCCCGAGCGCUGUACAAAGACGCAGACAUUCUGGUUGCUGAUGAUCCUUUGUCGGCUGUCGAUUCCAAGGUUGGAAGACAGCUGUUCCAAGAAGCGAUCAUGAACCUAUCAGUGAAUAGAGGCAAGUGUACCGUCCUCGCAACACAUCAACAUCAGCACAUCGGGGACCACAGAUGUGUACUGAUCGUCGCAGGAAGAGUUGCCCACAUCGGGAGCUACGAAGAAUGCGUAGCUGCUUCCGGUGGCAAGUUAAGUGCACACGCGAAGGAUGACAGCGCCGUCGAUAACCUCGACGGCGGCGACGACAAAUCUACGAUGCCCCCAGGUGUGGCAAAGGAAGAAGAACACGUUGCGGCAGAGUCCAACUUAUUGGAUGAUGCGAAUGGAGACAUCGAGGGCAAAGAAAUUAAGCAAAGUGGCCUAGUCAAGCUGGAGACAUAUGCCAACUACCUAAGAGCCAUGGGUGGACUCUGGGUGGGUGCAGCGAUGCUCGCUUUGUUUUCAAUCACUCAAGCUUCCGUGCUUGUGACAAUUGGCACCGUUGGAAGGUGGGCUGAAAGACCCGCGGAUCAGCAGAACUCUUGGGCCAUCUUGGGGCUAGUAAUUGGACUUUCGUCUGCCGUUGUUAUUCUGGCAGUAUCUCGAGCAAUGCUAAGCUUGGAACUCACAGUGAAAGCGUCGCAGAGACUGCACGACCGAAUGGCAAAGUCAUUGCUGCGAGCCAAGAUUGAGUUCUUCGACACAAACCCCAUGGGCCGCAUCCUAAACAGGGUAUCAGCGGACGUCGGCUCGAACGAUGAUCUGCUCCCCCAGACUCUGUUCGACUUUUGCGUCAUUGCCUUCAUUGUGUUGGGCGCAGUGGCGACGACGGUCACGGUACUUCCAUUCACUCUGCUGGCGUUUCCUCCUUUGGUUUGGUACUUUUUGUCUGUUCGCAAGACUUUCGUUACAAGCACUAGAGAGUUGAAGAGACUUGAGAGCCUUGCCCGAUCUCCGAUCUUUGCAAUGCUUGGAGAAUCCCUUGGAGGAAUCGCAACGAUUCGAUCCAACCAGUCCCUUGGAUACUUCCGCAAGAAGUUUGAAGAGGCACACGAUGCUCAUACGCGCGCCUUUUACGCAUUCAUUGCUGCUUCGCGCUGGGUUGGAUUUCGUAUGGACGCAAUUAUGUUCCUGUUCUUGACACUUGUGGCGUACUUGUCAGUCCUGUUUCAACAGGAAGGAUGGUUUGAUGUUGAUCCGGCCAUUCUGGGGCUGUCGUUGUCCAUGCUGCUGCAGCUAGCGGGCCUCUUUCAAUGGUGCAUCCGACAGAGCGCAGAAGUGGUCAACCAAAUGGUUGCAGUGGAACGUGUGCUGGAAUUCGGCGACCUGGAGUCUGAGGCCCCACUCGAAUUGGACGGGGACGAGGAACUUACAGGGAAAGGGUGGCCCUCCACUGGUGCCGUGAAGUGCGACGGGUUGGCUGCUCGCUACAGACCCUCCUUACCUCUGGCUUUGAAUCAAAUAAGCUUCGAAAUUCCGGGUGGUGCUCGCGUUGGUGUGGUGGGAAGAACAGGGUCUGGUAAAUCCACGGUUGUGCAGACUCUCUUUCGGUUGCUGGAAGCUGAGGAAGGGACUCUUUCUAUUGAUGGCGUGGAUGUAUCCAAGCUAGGUCUGCAUGCCCUGCGAACCAAGAUAUCAGUUAUCCCUCAAGUGCCCACCCUCUUUAGCGGCUGUACCGUUCGUGAGAACUUGGAUCUGUUCGGAUGUCAUUCGGAUGCAGAAAUCCAGAGUGCACUGGACGAUGCCCACUUGGGCGAUGUGGUUGCGGCCCUGCCCAAGGGCUGGGAUUCGAUUGUGUCGGAAGGCGGAAGCAAUUUUUCAGUUGGCCAAAGACAGUUACUGUGUCUGGCACGAGCCAUCCUCAGCAACAACAGAAUUCUUGUCUUGGAUGAAGCAACGGCCAGUGUCGACCGUCGCACUGAUGAAAUGCUGCAGGACGCGCUCCAAGAAUCAUUUAAAGAGGGUACUAUUAUUGCUGUUGCGCACCGCUUGGAGACAAUCAUUGACUACGACAUUGUUUUGGUCUUGGGCCAUGGUAGAGUGCUUGAGUGGGGCUCCCCUGCGAAGUUACUCACUGAUGGCGGUGCUUUUGCUAGCAUGGUGAAUGACACUGGCGAUUCCAUGUCAGCCGAGUUGAGGAAGAGAGCAUUCAGCCAACAAAAGGAACAAGGAGGAGGAGACGUAGAAGCAUGAACAAGUAAACCUGCUAAAAUUAAUAGAGAUAUAGAAUUGAUUCUUCUGGUGGUACGAGUCUACUCGCGCUGGGGUCGAGAAUGCUGUGGCUCCUGCCAGAGGCCAUAGGAAUUAUGGACAGAAUAGAAAAUAGAAGAUGCUUUUUGAAAAAUAUGUUAGCCACAGAGAAAUACAUCUACACGCCGAUGCAUCAAGUUGUAUUGGAGCAGCCUCUGAAACAAAUAAAAUAAACUGAAACCAAAUCCCACCAAUAAUUCCAGGCCAUUUGAAGCCACUUGGUCCUUCUCACUAAUGCAGUUGAACUUCUGUUGGUUGCUGUGACUUUAUCGGUGAAAUAAAAACUGCGGCAAAUCAUCCUGAGGAAAUCCCAUGUCCAUCAACAAGACCGACAACUCCAGAAAGGCCCUUGGUCCCAACUCAAUUUUGGCAUUCAUGGAGUCACGUCGUCUCUUAUUGUCGCCAUCAUCGCGUUGCAACCAAUGUUCGUCCAAAAGAUUUUCAAUGCACUGAUCCGCCUUGUCAAUAUCUAGCUUGAGAGGAGGCUGCAACUUUGUUCGCAAGUUGAUCAGCGUCGAUCGCACCGAAGGUCCUUCCACCAGACUCUCCAAGACCUGUCGAACAAAGUAGCGCGUGUCGGCGUCGUAGGUACUGCCAAAACUCUCCUUGGCCACUUGAUCGGCAUGUUGGUUAAUGAGAGCAUGGAACUUAUUUCCAUCCUUGUCCACCAUGGUCACAAUCUCCAUACCAAACCCAACUGUCAAUUGUUUGUUGAUGCUGGUUAGACAGUCGUCCACGCAAUCACACUGCAUGUCGUCUGGAUCAAAUUGAUCUAGAAACUCUUGCGCGGUUUCGUCCGUCAUUGUGUGAACCGCGGCGAGUUUCUGAAGGAACAGCUUUUGUCCCAAGGGGAGAGGGUCCGUCAUGGUAAUAUAAUAUACUAGUACUCUUAGCCACGUUGUACCGGUAGUAGUCCGACACUGAUGUGAACAAAGAGUGCUGCUCGAUCGAAAGAAGACAGGAGUUGGAGGGAAAAUUAUGAUGAGAAGGGACAAAGCCAAAAGCCAAUGACAUGAAUACGGUAGCAAUAAUAAUGCUACUCUACGCUUAAGCGUGAAAAUAAGAGCCUUGUGGCUAGCUAGUCAAAGCGUCAAUCGUCGAACCAAGGAAACGAACGAUUGAUUCAAUCGACUCACUCGACUCGACUCAACUCG